ACUGGUCCGGACCGGUGUUGGACAAGAUGCGAACCGUAAGUGAGUACGGCGCUGCAUCUAAUCCGAAUACAUUCAUACAUCCUGUCAAAUUUUCUGCAUAUAAAAGGCCAUGUAUCAUUGUAUGCGUUUUGACUUUUCGCCUCCAACCAAAUGUCGUCCCCAAAACCGUACAAGCUCGACGUAUCAUCCGACUUUCUGAGCUGGGUCACGGACCGAGUGAAUACCGCUCGUAUCAUUCCCGAUAUAACACAUCCUGCUGGCGAGGAAUGGGAGUAUGGAAUCCCCACUGCUGCUAUGGAACCAUUGGUAGAAUACUGGAAGUCGAAUUUUGACUGGAGGAAAAUGGAGAAGCAGAUAAACGAAACAUUCAACAUGUAUACGAUUGACUUGGAAGAGGCUGGCGAAGUCAUCUCGUUACAUUUCGUACAUCAUCGAAGUGAUAGACCGAAUGCUAUUCCCCUCAUCUUUGCUCAUGGAUGGCCAGGAAAUUUCACGGAGGUCAAACAUCUUUUGAAACUUACUGCUCCGGAAGAUUCAGAUGCACAGCCAUUCCAUAUAGUGGCUCCCAGUAUCCCUGGAUUUACGCUUUCUUCUUCUCCAUCCAAACCAGGCUUUGGGCUUUCGAAAAUAGCAAAUGUCUAUCACAAACUCAUGCUCAAACUUGGAUAUGAAACUUACAUGGGUCAAGGUGGCGAUUGGGGUUCCUUUAUUCUUCGCUCCGUUGCGCUUCAACAUCCUUCCUCCCUUGUUGGUCUUCAUAUCAACUUCCCAGUCACCUUACCGCCAAAACCAUUGGCGAACCCUACGACACUUUUCUGGCUUGCGAUACGCUACUUUUCUCCGGAAGAGAGCAAACGUUUGAAGCGUAUGCAAUGGUUCUUGAAAAAUGAAAGUGGAUACUCCCAAAUCCAACGCACCAAACCGCAAACCAUUUCAUAUGCUCUUCAAGACUCUCCGAUAGGCAUGCUUGCCUGGAUUCGCGAGAAAAUUCACCUUGCUACCGAGGAAGAUUAUGUUUGGAACGCAGAUACUGUUCUUACAUGGACCAUGCUCUACCUUAUUUCCGGAAGUGCAGGAAGUGCCAGAAUUUACAAAGAGGCUAUCUCUGAAGUGGGUGGAACUACUUUCGUGCUCGGGACAAAGAUCUCAAAAGAGGUCGCGGUCGGUGUGAGUAGUUUCCCAAAAGACGUAGGCUAUGCGACAAAAUGGUGGGCUGAAGCGACUUUGGCGGAGAAAAUCGUGACCUGGCGGGAGAAUGACAAAGGAGGUCAUUUUCCUUCGGUAGAAUGUCCUGAUACCCUUAUAACGGACGUUCAAGAAUGGGUGAAGGCAGUGAAAGAGACGAGUACACGUUCAAAGUGGGAUGCACUUUUGCAGGCCGGAAGACUUUGAUUCUUGGAGAUAGUUGUAGUAACAGUGUAGUAACACGCCCUUCAGUACGUACAUAGGCGCAAAAGCAAAGCUGUAUAUGAAUUUUGAAAUCUCCACUAACUUCAAGAGAGGUUCCACACUGCUUGUUUACAUAAGUUUGGAAUGGUAGGGGGGAGAACAGGCGUCAUCUAUCGUUGCUUUGCAUCAGUAAGGUGUUCUGGUGAACAAUUAUAUAGUAUGGUGGUAGAGAGUAGUGUUCCAAAUAAGUAACGAAGCCUGGAAUCACGGAUAUCUCCUCCUCCUUCUCACGCCUAGGGGCAUAUGAAAGUUCAACGUCAACCAACACCUACUUCUUCCCGGAUUAAUUCAGUUGAUGGGGAACAGAAUGACCGAAUAUGACCGAAUAGUGAUCGAUAGGUCGGAUAGCUUCUGUAAUUCUGGGGAAAUACGGGACCGAUGUAUGUUGUGCCAAUGAAGAUUGAG